UCCUAUUCCAUCUAUAAAUUUCACACCCUUCUUCUCCUCCUUCACCCAACCCUUUCAAAAUGGCAAGAAACAUCAGUCCUCUCGUGUGUCUCUCGGUCAUGAUCAUGGAUGCUAUCGCCGGAAUACUUGGCAUCCAGGCUGAAAUAGCCCAAAACAAGGUGAAGCAUUUGAAGGCGUGGAUUAUCGAGUGCAGAGACCCGAGUUACCAAGCUUUCAAACUCGGUUUAGCUGCGGCUGUGCUUCUAGCGCUGGCACACACCAUUGGGAACUUGCUCGGUGGGUGCAUUUGCCUCUGGUCUAAGCAAGACUUCACCAAGGCCACAACAGCUAACAAGAAACUAGCUUUUGGGUUCCUAAUUCUCUCAUGGAUAACUUUAGCACUGGGAUUUUCGCUGUUAAUCGUUGGAACAAUGGCAAACUCAAAAUCAAGAAAAUCUUGCGCAUUAGCACACGGUAGAGUACUAUCAAUAGGAGGAAUCAUCUGCUUCUUCCACGGAUUGUUCACAGUGGCAUACUACGUCUCAGCAAAGGCCACAAUCAGAGAAGAAGAAAAGCGCAGGAACCCUACAAACCAAGCCAGCCAUCCUCCGGCUUAGACAAACUCC